AUGGAACCUCCUCUCCGUGACCACCUCUCCUCCUACCUCAAGCGCCGCGCCACCACCGAUCCCAGGGCCGUUCAUGGCCUCUCUCUCAAGCUCGGUUGCUUGGUCUCCACCUUCCUCUGCAACCACCUCCUCUGCGCCUACGUUUCCCGGUCGAUGCAGGACGCGCGCAAGGUGUUCGACGAAAUGCCCCAACGAAACGUCGUCACGUGGACUCUGCUAAUUUCUGGGUAUACCCGCUUGGGUAAUCUUAAAAAUGGCAUCUUUUUGCUUAGGGGGAUGUUAAACGACGGUGGUCUUCUUCCGAACACGUUCACGUUCGGUAGCAUGAUCAGCGGCUGCGCUCGCGCGAGGGAUUCGAGAACAGGGAUUCAGCUUCAUUGCCACACGAUUAAAUUUGGUGUGGAGUAUGAUUCAUUCGUAGCAGGGACGUUGAUCGACAUGUACGCAAAGUGCGGGGAGAUUGAGAGUUCAUGGAGGGUCUUUGAUCAAACCUCUUAUAAGGAUGUCGUGAGUUGGACUAGUAUGAUCACUUGUUUUGCCAAUAGCGAGCAGUAUAUGUUCAAAAAAUCCGCACUUGAUCUCUUCAAGGACAUGAUUCGCUGGAAAGUUUGGCCGGUUGGAAUGACCUUUUCUAGUCUUCUUAAGAUCUUCGACAAACCAGGUAAGCUUGGUAUAGGUAAACAAGUUCAUGGGUGGAUAGUGAAGCUUGGAAUUGAAGUCGAUAACCUAUUAGGUAGUGCCCUGAUCUCUAUGUAUGGGAAGUGCGGAGGAGUGGAUGAAAUAAUCAGACUCUCUACGAGACUGAGUCGCGAUGUUGUUUCAGGGACUUCGUUGCUCGUAUCUUUCAUGCAAAAUGGAUACAACAAAGAGGCGAUCGAUGUGUUUCAAAAGAUGAUUGACGAAAAAGUGGCAAUUGACCCAUCUGUGAUAACUAGUGUAGCUGUGGCAUGCGCAUCUUUAGGACAAUUAGCAACGGGAAAGGAGAUUCAUUGCUACACUGUGAGAAGUAGAUUCAUUUCAGAUGUAUCAACCGCCAAUGCAAUUAUUUCUCUUUACGGGAGAUGCGGUGAUGUCAAAAGCGCAGAUAGAUUAUUCCAGCAGAUGAGAGAUAAAGAUAUUAUCUCUUGGACUGCAUUAUUGACAUGUUAUGGGCAAAAUGAUUGUGGAGAAGAAGCACUCAUCUUAUUCAGGAGAAUGCUUCGAGAAGGGCUGAGCGCGCCCGUCUUCAGUGUAACCGGUGCUCUUAGGGCUUGUUCGAUUCUUACCAACCUUCAAAUGGGCCAGCAAAUCCACUCAAAGGCUGUAAAAUUGGGGAUUGGUGAUAACUUAUCUGUUGAGAAUUCCCUGAUAACUAUGUAUGCUAAGUGUGGAAAUGUGGAUUUUGCGUUGAAAGUUUUCUUCUUAAUGCCCGAAAGAAAUAUCGUCUCCUGGAAUGCUUUGAUCAAUGGCUUUUCGCAACAUGGACAUGAAAACGACGCUUUGAAGCUCUUUGUUUUGAUGCAGGAAGAAGGCAUUAAACCCGACGACUAUACUUUCACGGGAAUCCUAGCUUCUUGUAGCCGAAUGGGUCUUGUCGAAGAGGGUUGCGAGUACUUCGAACAAAUGAGCACCGAGUAUGAACUGGAGCCUAAGAUGGAGCAGUAUGCUUGUAUGGUCGAUCUAUUUGGUCGAGCAGGUAGGCUCAAUGAUGCAAUUGAGUUUAUUGAUGCAAUGCCAUGUGAACCGGACCGACUGGUCUGGGAAACACUUCUCACUUCUUGCAAAGUCCAUGGAUAUGUAGAACUUGGAAGAUUCGCAGCGAAGAAGGUAUUGGAAAUGAGACCAGAGGAUCCUUCCCCUUAUGUUAGUUUGGCGAGUAUCCAUGCUUCAAUGGGCAUGUGGGAUAGAAAGGCUCACAUUCGCACAAUGAUGAGGGAUCAAGGGAUAAGAAAGGAUACCGGAAUGAGUUGGGUUGAAGCCCAAGAACAAAUUUCAGAAGAUAGGGUUGAUAUGUUACAAGUUGGAGAAAUUUGA